CCUCAUAUCCUCUGCAUCACUUCCUGUACAUGCUGAGGCAGAACUAGGCAGUCUGGUAGAUUUACACACUCUCAUCUGCUGUCAGCAGUACACACGAGCUCAGCCCCGCGUCUCUUUGUCCGCGAUCCUAGCGCUCUCAUCAUGACCCAGAGGUGAUCCUCGUUCCCGGUGGUUCUGGGAGUCCAGGUCUGCGGUCAGAGAGCAUAAAAGAGAGAGGCCUCUUUAUAGGUGAAGGGAUUGCCCAGGGCCACAGCGCCCAGAAUUUGAAGGAGUGCAACAGUUAUCCAGGCAGGACUGAAGAUCAGGAUGGAGAAAGAAGAUAUGAAGAUUAUCAACAAUGGUUUGGAGGAUGAGAUGGAGCUGAGCGGGUAUCGGCUGUGCCGAUGGAAGCUGGUUCUGGUGGGUUUGGGUGGUUUCUGUACGGGUGGUUUCCUCUUCCUGCUGCUCUAUUGGAUGCCUGAAUGGUGUGUGAAGGCCACCUGCACACGGACCACUGUCAGAGACGCAGACGUCGCCCUCUUACGAAGCACUGACGAGUUCAAGCGCUGGUUUCGAGCGAGGAUUCGAAUAAUGAUGGCCCCUGGGAAGGACCCUUACGACAACCUGGCCUCUCAGACCGCCUCCCCUCAGGCCAAUGACCACGCCCACAACCCAUCUGACCCCGCCCCUGGGAAAAUCACCUGGAAUCCUGGAGACCAGAGUGUACAGAAACGUUAUUUUACCCUCCACAGCACUAAAUAUUUUUGGAGCGACACAAUUCAGAACUUUGAAGUAUUGAAAGGCCUGGAAGAUCUUAGCAUGACCUGCUCAUCCAUUCACUCACAGCACAGCACCGGGCUCAACAAAAACCAGCAGGAGUACAGGAGAUUUUUUUUUGGACUGAAUGAAAUAGACGUGAAAGUGCCUUCUCUUUUCAAGCUGCUAAUUAAGGAGGUCCUCAAUCCUUUCUACAUCUUCCAGCUCUUCAGUGUUAUCCUGUGGUGUACUGAUGAAUACUAUUACUACGCAAUGGCCAUAGUCCUCAUGUCAGUCAUAUCAAUAGCUACCUCUCUCUACACUAUUAAAAAGCAAUAUGUAAUGCUACACGACAUGGUGGCAGCACACAGUACUGUUCGAGUUACGGUCUACAGGGGCGAACGGUACGAAACCGAGGAAGCCCUGUCCACAGACUUAGUCCCUGGUGAUGUCAUUGUCAUCCCCAGCAACGGGAUCAUCAUGCCCUGUGAUGCGGUGCUCGUCUGUGGAACCUGUAUUGUUAAUGAGAGCAUGCUCACAGGUGAGAGUGUUCCAGUCACAAAAACUGACCUUCCGAACCCUCAGCGGGACAAGAAGGGUGGGGAUGGAGACAUGGUCUACAGCACAGAGGAACACAAAAGACAUACGCUCUUCUGUGGCACAAACGUCAUACAGACCCGCUACUACACGGGAGAAAUGGUCAAAGCCGUGGUGGUCCGGACAGGUUUCAGCACCUCUAAAGGGCAGCUCAUCCGCUCUAUUCUGUACCCCAAACCCACAGACUUUAAACUGUACCGGGACGCCUACAUGUUCCUGCUGUGCCUGGUGGCUGUUGCCAGUGUCGUCUUUGUCUAUUCGUUGGUCAUGAAAAUCAUAAAUCAGGAACCAGUUAAGGAGAUCAUAGUCAAGUCUCUGGACAUCAUUACUAUCACGGUGCCCCCUGCGCUGCCGGCAGCCAUGACAGCGGGCAUCGUCUAUGCUCAGCGGCGUCUCAGGAAAGUUGGGAUAUUUUCCAUCAGCCCACAAAGAAUCAACAUCUGUGGGCAGCUAAAUCUGGUGUGCUUUGACAAGACAGGCACCCUCACAGAAGAUGGCCUGGACAUGUGGGGAAUUCAGCGAGCAGAAGAUGGCAGAUUCCAGCAUUCAGAAGAAAAAGCAGACGAUAAGAGCCUGGUUACAACCAAGUUUGUGUCCUGCAUGGCCACCUGUCACUCCCUCACCAACAUCGAGGGUCAGCUCUCUGGAGAUCCACUAGACCUCAAGAUGUUCGAGGCCACAGGCUGGAUAUUGGUGGAAGCUACAGAAGAAGAAACGGCUCACCACGACCGCAUUGAACUCACUUACGUCAAACCGCCCAAUCAGCUUCUGCCGCCACCAGCGAUAUCACCUGAACAGGACAUGGAACUUUCUGAACUCUAUGAGCUCUCGGCAUCGUAUAUGAUCGGUAUCGUGCGGCAGUUCUCUUUCUCCUCCGCCCUGCAGAGAAUGAGUGUGGUUGUUCGAAAGAUUGGAGAGAGACGCAUGGACGCCUAUCUGAAAGGGGCACCGGAGGUUGUGGCAAGCCUGUGUAAGAGGGAAACAGUACCAGAGGAUUUCGCUGAUGUUUUGGAGAACUACACCAAACAGGGUUUCCGGGUCAUCGCGUUGGCACACAGACGGCUGGAAUCCAAACUUACUUUUCACAAAGUGCAGAAUAUUAACAGGGAUCAAAUUGAGAAAAAUAUGGAUUUUCUGGGUUUGAUUAUCAUGCAGAACAAGCUGAAAACAGAAACUCCAGAUGUGCUAAAAGAACUACGUCGCGCAAAUAUACGCACCGUUAUGGUCACAGGUGACAACAUGCUGACAGCCAUCUCUGUGGCACGAGACUGCGGCAUGAUUCAGCCGCAAGACCUAGUCAUUAUUGCCGACGCUCUGCCCCCAAAAGACGGCCAGGCUGCCAAGAUCAACUGGCACUAUGCCGACAAACCCAGCAAACACUUGAACAAGCCUGCUAAACUAGAGGAGAUGGAGAUUAUUAUGGAAGAUGGGCAUUCUAUGGAUGACAUGAAAAUGCUGGAACAGUAUCACUUUGCUAUGAGUGGCAAGUCUUUUGCUGUGAUUAUUGAGCAUUUCCAGGACUUGCUACAGAAGCUGGUGCUUCAUGGAACAGUAUUUGCAAGAAUGGCGCCUGACCAGAAGACUCAGCUUGUUGAGACACUGGAAAGUGUUGACUAUUUUGUAGGAAUGUGUGGAGAUGGAGCGAACGACUGUGGGGCACUGAAGAGAGCUCAUGCUGGGAUCUCCCUGUCAGAGCUGGAGGCUUCAGUAGCUUCUCCCUUCACCUCCACAACUCCCAGCAUCACCUGCGUGCCCAAUCUGAUCAGGGAGGGCAGAGCAGCUCUCAUCACCUCCUUCUGUGUGUUCAAGUUCAUGGCUCUGUACAGUAUUAUUCAAUGCCUCAGCGUCGCUCUUCUCUACUCCAUUGGCAGUAACCUGGGCGACUUCCAGUUUCUCUUUAUUGACAUGGCCAUCAUUCUUCUAAUUGUCUUUACCAUGAGUUUAAACUCUGCGUGGAAGGAGCUUGUCGCCCGAAGACCUCCCUCCGGUCUCGUCUCAGGACCUCUUCUCUUCUCAGUUCUGACCCAGAUACUCAUUUGCUUGGGUUUCCAGAUCAUGGCCUUCCUUAUGAUCCAAAAAAUGGACUGGUACUCCAAGCCAGAUCCUCUCUACAACUGCUCUGUUCCCCUUCACAUGGAGGAGGACUCUAAUUCCACUGAAGAAUCUAUCACGAACGACGUGAAUACCACGCUCUUCUACGUCUCCUCUUUUCAGUACCUCAUUGUUGCCAUUGUUUUCUCCAAAGGAAAACCUUUCCGCCAGCCCAGCUACAAGAACUGGCCGUUUGUCGUCUCUGCUUUAAUUCUCAUCAUUUUCCUGCUUUUCAUCAUGUUUUUCCCAGUUGCUGGAAUCUAUAAAUUUUUAGAGCUUGUAUGUGUUCCUCUAAACUGGCGUCUGGCUAUGGUGCUCAUCAUUCUGGGCAACGCUGUAAUGUCUGCCAUUGUCGAGACCGUCGUGCUUGACGUCAUCUUAUGGAAGCAUGUGUUCAGCAGAGACAAGCAGGGAAGCUAUGGCGUCUCCCCUGCAGGCCCGACACCACAGAAAGGAAUAGACAUGUUUGGAACUAAAUGCCUCUCCUGGCUCUGCUGCCGACGGAGGAAAGUGCCCAAGGCUCGGUACAUGCACCUGGCCCAAGAGCUGAGCGUGGAUCCCGACUGGCCUCCCAAACCCAAGAGCACCACUGAAGCCAAACCCGGCCCGCAUCCGGACGACUGCUCCUACCAGAUCGAGGCCGUUUCCUAGCAUUUCCAUCAACACACUCCGUAUCGCACGUCCAGGGAUUCCUUAAAACACUGAAUUUACCAAUUUUGUUAAAAAAAAAAACAAAAGAGACACCAAAAAACAAAAGGCGAGUUUUUAAUAACAUCUCCAAGAUAUCGAGGUGUUUCAUCCAUCGUCUCUCUUCUUUAAUUUUUCUUUCUUUCUUCUUUUUCUUUUUUUUUUUUUUUUUUUCUUGCUGCUCAAGGUUUUUUUUUUUUUAAAUGGGCGGGGUUCACAGGCUGGGAACUGUGGAAGCUCCGCCCACACAGGCAUGCGGUUAAUCACCGAUAUUCCCUUAAGACAUCAUGUAGACCGCAAAGUGAUUGAACUUAUUACCAAAUGUGGCUCUUUAGAUCACCUGGUGGCUCUCCUACGGAUAUCACAGAGGCUCUUUACUGGAUUUCAAGCUGUAGUCGGUAGCGCAUCAUCUCUACAGGCUGGGGCUGCAUGCUAACGCUUUGGAAACCAUCGCUGCAUGCCGAACAAACCAAACCAAACUCUAGUGGCUCACGAAUCCAAGAUCCAGCUUAAUUUAUAGCCAGCUCGUUUUUAUAAAUAUAUCGACGUAGAUAUAUAAUUACACAUGAUCUUUACUUUUCAUAUCUCUUCCCAUGGAAGAAUCGAGGUGGGAUUCAGUUGUGGAAGGCCAAACAUUGUGAAAGUCAUCUGUGUUUUGUUCACUUCUCCUGGCGCAGUAUCUGGCGAUAGGUUUCGGUCCAUCCUGAAGCCCUUUUACAGUGUCUGAAAACUGUUAAGACAAGUCCUGGUUAAUUACAAUGACAUUGCAUUGGGAAUCUGUUGGAAGGGGCUCAAUUUGUUCAUUGAGAAAUUUAAGGCACGUUCUUUAGGAAAAAGUACAGGUGGAGGUGAGAACUGUUCUGUAUCUGAAAAUUGUAUGAUGAUAUCCAAAUCAAAUCAGGCUGCCAAUGAAAUCACUCAGAAUUGGCCAGUUAACAGUAUUACUUGUGCAUGAAUUAUUAACAGUUCUGCUGCUGAUCUAGGAAAAAAGUGACUUUUUUUUUAUCCUAAACCGUUAACUAAAGGUUCGAAAUGUUCAAGAUGAUCCCUCCCUCCUUCCAGAUCUGAUUUGCAUAAUUUAUGCAUUGCAGUUCAACUAUCCUCAACUUGUUGCAGGCCUGUCUCAGUAUCGUUUUGAAGAAAAAAAACACCUUUUAUGUCAUUUUACAUGUGUUGUUUGUGAAAUGAACCACUAAGCAAUAUCAGAUGAUCACCUUUGUUUGUUCUUUGACAGUUUGUAUUGUUGCUCAUCAGAAAAUCCAAGCCAUUGAUAGUUCAUAUGAAGAGUUUUGGUCAGUCAUUUCACUGAGGUCGGUGUCUUUAUUUGUCAAAAGUUUUCAUACAACUUGCAGAAUCUGCUGAAUGUUAAUUAUUUUAACAAAAUACGAGGGAUCAUACAAAAUACAUGGUAUUUUUUUUUAGAUGUUUACAUAUAGUCUGCAAGAGAAAAUAAUAGUUGUUUAUAAAAAUUACCCCUAUCAAAAGUUUACAUACACUUGAUUCCUAAUACUGUGUUCUCACCUGAAUGAUCCACAGCUGUGUUUUUGUUUGGUUGUUUAGUGAUCAGUUGUUCAUCACCUUGUUUGUCCUGAACAGUUAAACUGCCUGCUGUUCUUCAGAAAAAUCCUUCAGGUCUGAUAAAUUAUUUGGUUUUCAGCAUUUUUGUGUAUUUGAAUCCUUUCCAACAAUGACUGUAUGAUUUUGAGAUCCAUCUUUUCACACUGAGGACAACUGAGGGACUCAUAUGCAACUAUUACAACAGGUUCGAACACUCACUGACGCUUCAGGAGGAAAAACGAUGCAUUAAGAGCCGGGGGGUGAAACUUUUGAACAGAAUGAAGAUGUGUACAUUUUUCUUAUUUUGCCUAAAUAUCAUAUUUUUUUUUUUCAUUUAGUACUGCCCUUCAGAAGCUACAAAACAUGCUUACAUAUUUUCCCAAAGACGGAAUAAGUUAAAUUUACUCUGGUCAUCAAAUUCAAAAGUUUUCACCCCCCGGCUCAUUGUGUUUCCUUCUUGGAGCAUCAGUGAGUGUUUGAACCUUUUGACUCAUAUUAUCUUAUUUAGGUCAGUGCUAAAACAAAAAUCACUCUUAUUUUGGUAAAUAAUUAACAUUUAGCAGAUUCUGCAAGUUGUAUGUAAACUUUUGACCUCAAUAGUAUUUUUUUUUUAAAUGCAUUUGAACACACAAAAGUCUCAAAUGGAAUAGUAAAAUUAUACUAUUUAAAAAAAAAAAAAAAAAAAAAAAAAAAGAAUUGCAUGUCUGUUGACAGCACUUCAUUUAAUAAAUAUGCGAUUUUUGUAAACAUACUAAAGAUGUUCUAUAUAAAUUUUAAAAAGCUCUUUGAAAACAAAGGAAUGUACAAAUUUUUAAAAAGAACUGUAAAAUUAAUGUUCAUAUGGUAAAUCUUACAAUCUGAUCACAGAUUUUCUUCCGUGUUUGCAUUUAUUUAUUGUUUGCUCUUCAAAUUCAUGUUUUGUUUUGCUGUAUGGGGCAUUUUUAAUUCUUUAGUUUAUUCUGAAAAAGGGCUGAAUCUGUAUUUUUAUUGCUCCAUUUCUGCAAUACUUUGGUACUGUUUGAUUUUUUUUUUUUUUUUUUUUUUUUUUUUUUUUUUUUUUUUUUUUUUUUUUGAAA